CGCGCAAGUGUUUGACGACGAGGCUUGUAGUAGUAGUUGAAAAAGGUUUUGCCAGUUGAAGGCAAGUGCACACAUGCAUUCUAGUUAUAAACUGCGCACUAUUCCUUUGCUCUAAGCAAUUUUGAGCCUCCGAAGCCUGCAUUAGGACAUCGUAGGAGUUUCAGCACCGCAAGUUACCUAUAGGACGAGCCGCAGCAAAAUCUUGGUCACUUCGUUUUCAAGACAUUCCCGCCGCGUGGUUUUCAUGUGUGGAAUUUUCAAACCGGACUGAACGUUGGCCAGAGUUUUUUAUUCUUCAGGAGAAACGGUUCGGUAUUAACGGAACUGCAGUGUUUCAUGCAGUAUUAGCUACGAAGAAUAAUUUCUAGCAAAUGUGUGCGGAUUGCAAGGAUUUACAGUGAUUCAGCAUCAAUCAGCCAUGAGUAGCAAACUGGAACGCGUUCCCACCUUUCCAGCUCUGACAUUACCGGCCGACGCCAGAGUCAUCGUAGACCGAAAGGCGCUCACAACCGACGCCAUUGCUGUGUCGGAAUCAGAGCCACAGAAAGAAACUUCGUUCGGUGACAGAGUCGCAAAGGCGUGCCAGUCUGCGUUCCUCGGCGUCCCGUCGUUCCUGCUGGGACUCUUUCCGUGCAUAGCAUGGAUCAAAAGCUACAACCUCCGUAUGUUCCUUCUGCCCGACGUCCUCGCCGGGCUUUCAGUCGCUGUUCUUCACGUACCACAAGGUCUAGUGUCCGCCAUUAUAGCCGGAGUAGAUCCAGUUCUGGGCCUGUACAGUUCACUCUAUCCCGCAAUUAUCUACGUUAUUAUGGGCCGUUCACCUUAUGUAUCGAUGGGCAUGUUUCCUGUAACAGCACUCAUGACAGGAGUGGUGGUCCAAAAAUACGGCAUGGUCUCGGAGAACGCGACGGCCUCAGACGGCGCUGGAGCCCAGCUAUACACUGAACAAUCUGGGACUGAAGUGGCCAUUACACUUACAUUAUUGAGUGGCAUUAUUCAGGUAGCCUUGUGGCUGUUUCGGUUGGACCGGUUGGCAGCCAUCAUAUCUCCCGUAAUGGCCGAGGGAUUUCUGACAGGCUGCGCAAUCAUGGUCAUUGUCAGCCAGCUACCGUCCGUUUUCGGAAGCGGCGUCCAGUCGAGCAAAGGCCUUUUUGAUACUCCACUGACUGUCUACUACGUGGCGAAGAGUAUUCCACACAGCAACUUCGCCACGGCACUACUCUCUCUGGCCGCAUUUCUUGUACUCGUCGUCUCCAAGGGAGUCAUCGCUCGCCAGAUGAGACGCUUCACAGCGGUCCCCUUGCCAUCCGACUUAAUUCUGGUCGCUGUUGCAACAGCGACUUCUCAUUUCCUCGAGCUGGACACCAAACACGACGUGAAAGUGGUUGGACAUAUUGCCUCAGGGUAA